AUGAAUAAUAGUCAGGAGGCCAAGAGGAAACUCUCAGCUUGCAAGGAGACUCUCGAGCCCGCAAACUCCAACGAUUACGCUUUAGGACAAGUCGAAUUCCUUUCAGAUGCGUCAGAAGUGUUGAGUUCACGGAACUUGACAACACUCAGGUGGAAAAUUGACCUACGCAUUAUGCCGCUAUGCAUGGCCAUAUACUUCCUCCAGUAUCUCGACAAAACCUUGUUGAACUAUGCAGCAGUGAUGGGAAUCAAGAAGAACUUACAUGGUGACCAGUUUAGUGAUCUGGGCACAAUAUUUUACGUUGGCUACUUGGUAGCAGAGCCACUCUCCGGCUUCCUCAUACAAAAGCUUCCGGUGGGAAAAUUUCUCGGCCUCAAUGUCACACUUUGGGGCAUGGUUGUAUGCUUCCACGCCGCUACAAAAAGCUACUAUGGGUUGAUGAUUGUGAGAGUGCUCCUUGGCGUAUUCGAGGCCUCUGUAGCAGGAUGUCUAAUAAUUAUCACAGGAAUGUGGUGGACAAAGCCGGAGCAAUCUAGAAGGACGGGCCUGUGGUACAUGCAGAUUGGCACCGGCCAGGUCGUGGGUGCGCUUCUCUCGUUUGGGUUUCAGCACGUCUCGGACACGAAACUGGCCAGCUGGCAGAUCCUGUUCAUAUUCAUGGGGUGUCUGACCGUCGUAGUCGGCAUUUUGACCGUUUGCUUCAUGCCCGAUAACAUACAAAAGAGCACUUUUCUCUCUGAAAUUGAAAAGGCAGAGGCCGCCGAACACGUCAAGGUCAACCAAAUCAGCGCUGAAAACAAAACAGUCAAGAUAGCGCAGCUCAAGGAGCUACUUGUCCAUGAUAAACAAACCUGGGUCCUCUUCCUCAUUACUAUACUAACGAUGAUCACCAACGGAACGGUUUCAAAUUUCACCGGUGUCAUUAUAUCGUCGUUCGGGUACAGUAAUGAGAAAGCCACCAUUUUCCAAAUACCCUCUGGAGCCGUCUCCAUCAUUGCCACAUUAGCCUGCUGCUACCUUGCCGGCCAUGUUGGACAGAGAUGCUACAUCAUGGGGGCAGUGUGUGUACCUUCUAUUGUUGGGGCCAUUCUCCUGUUAGCGUUGGACCAGAACCAUAGGGUCGGUAAGUUAUUCGGCGUUUACCUUCUGAACUCUGCACCUGCCAUUCUUCCCAUGAUAUACAACUGGAACUCGGUAAAUACGUCGGGACACACUAAAAGAGUUUCCAGAAACGCGCUCACUUUAAUGGCAUUCUGUGUAGGGAACCUCAUCGGACCGCAAAUGUUCAAAAAUAACGAUGCUCCAAACUAUACACCGGCCAAGAUCGCUCUUAUAGCUCAGCUUGCCAUUGCCAUCGUUCUCUGUUUGUGUCUUCGUGCGAUCGUAGUUGCGGAGAACAAACGGCGCGACGAAGAGUGCACCGGACUGGAUCCUGAGGUGCUACGCCGAGAUACUACCACGCUCGACUUGACUGAUCUCGAGGAUAUAACAUUCAGAUAUGUGUAUUAG